AUGAACAAGAGGGAGGACAGUGAAGGCAUUCUUGUGAACCCCAAUAAUCCUCUAGGGGAAGUUUAUGUUCCUAAGUUGGUGCUGCAAGUAAUGGAGUGGAUGCAGCUGUUCAGCUUUGAUACUAUUUUCACAGUCCACCUAAUUCCAUACACAUUGAAGUGGAAGAAGUAUGAACAAACUUACGGCACGUGGAUGGCAGUUGCCGAAUUAUUCCUGACACUAGUCAGUCAGAUGUACUUCGCAGCUGCCAAAGAGGAUAGUGAUAAGCUACGCGCUUUGGCAUCCCUCGUGACCGUGUCGGUGUUUGUGCAGAUUCUUCGGGGUUGCUUGUGGAAGACGCAGCAGGACAGACCAAGAAGCUCAAAAAGACAAGCAGCAACCAAAAAGACACCAGGAAAAGGGAAAAAAUCAAAACAACCAUCAUCCCCUGAGCCACCAGAGGAACAACCAGCAACCCAACCCACUUCAGUUCCUGAACCAUCCCAGCAUCAGUCACCCGACAUGGAAGUGGACCAAACUCACCCACACGGACAACCGCCCCACAAUCCUCAACCAGGACCAUCAGGCAGACCGCGUGGAGGACCCGGAGACCAUGGUGGAGGUCCAGGAGGUUUUGGACCAGGCAUCUUCACUUUUGGGCCCAUUGACUUAUCUCGUCGUUCUGCUCGGGGUUAUAUGGACACCCCUGAACGAAUCCAGGAACUUGUGUUAGACAACCCUCUCACCAUUGGGAUGGUUUCUCAGGCCAUGUUUUGUCAUGCCUCUCAACUGGAUGGGGUACAGCUAGAAAAUAAGACUCUUCAUUUAAUGUCUUUAAUGUUGUCAUAUGCCAAAUGUCAUCGGUUUGGGCGACGAGGGGAAGAUCAUGUUAAGCUCUGUUUAAUUGGGGAACUUAUGGCUCCAUAUAUACCAGAUGGUCUUCUGUCCACUAAUGCAGAUGUUUGUGUCGUUGAAUGUGCAAUGACAUUGGCCAAUGAGGAAACAGGAUUAUAUGUACCUGAGGCCAUUUUCUCAUUAAAUGGAACAGACACAGCAGUUCCUUCUGCCAUCAAUGUUGUAGAUUUUGAUGCGGCAUUGGCCUUUCUCUAUUAUACACGGGUUCAUGUUAAACCUGUGAUCCUGACAUACCUCCGAGACUGUAUGAUUGAGUUCUAUUUUUGUGUAUCCACUCGAGGUCAGGCGACAGAUGCAAAAAUUGAGCGUUUUUCCACCAACUAUAAAGAACAAUUUGGCUAUAUUCCCAGACUGUCCUCUACCAGGAUGAGGUUGUAUUACCAACAUUAUGGGAAGCACAUAACACAUACCAACAUCCGUCCUCUUUUGGAAACUUGGGUUAAGGACUUCCCAGAUACUGCCCUUGCUCUAAAGCUAAUCUUAAAGCAAGCUGCCUUCAGUGGAUUGACUCAGCUUCUCACUAUAGGUCAAGCACUCUUAACUUUUCGUGACUUCCCAUGGUCACGUCUCCAUCGUUUGUUUCCUGGAGAGUUCGAGGCUUACCGGACAGCUAUGCGCCUCGUAGACGGGAAUCCGUAUUUUGGUUACGUUCGGGACAUGAAGGCAGCAGCAUCCCGUCAUUACCGCAAUUUGGCAUAUGCUGCAAAAGAGCUCCUGAUCCGUAGUGGAGGCCAUGAAAGCUUAAAGGCAUAUCAGGGCUGGGCUAGAUCUUGCAAGAGUCAGGCUGCAGUGCUGAACAUGAUAAACAGUUACUUGUCCAAGAGAACAGCAGAGGUUGGAGAGGGGGUGGAGCAAGUUCUGGCAGGGCCUGUGUCGGAGUCAUUUGACGAGGUUGAUAAGUAUCGUCAGAUGGUGAUGGGAGAGACAGAAACCUCUGCUUAAUUACAUGUGUGGAGGAUAAUUCAAGUAUAGCCAAUAAUCAUACCCUUAACUAACCACCAACACAUAUUUCUGUAUUAAAACAAAAAAAAAGGGGGGGGUUAAGGUAAUGGGGAGAGGUAGUACCUUUCACCUGCUGUCUUUUUUCCCUUUUCUUUCUUUGUUUCUUUCUUUCUUUAACUUUGUUAGGGUGUGUAUCACUGCAGUGGCAUAGAACUGCCAUUUCCAUUAAGGACCAUUAACAAGAUAAUUGAUGACCCUCUAAAUAUGUAAUAUUACUUGAUUUGUUAUAUGACUAUGUCGGACAUUGUUAAAUUUCUGGAAUAUUAUAUUGCCUUGAUUUUAAGACUCCAUCAAUGUAAGACACACUUGAUUUAAGGGGGGAAAUUGCUACAUCGAUUGUUAGACACCAUCAAAUGUAAAAUGCAUUGUCAUUAUUCUUGUCUUUUGGUAAUUCGUUUUAGAUUAGCGGAAGUUUGUAUCGAAUCAGGUCUUCUCCAGUAAACAGCACACUUAGGUUUAAGUGUGCGUUAUUCAUUACUAAAGGGAAAAGAUAAGCUGAAUCUUUGGAUUACUGUCUGAAAGUUUUUCCUUCACAUGAUUCCUAAUUAGGGUUAAUACUGAAUGAUGAACAAAUAUACGUUGCUCAGGGCCACCUGAAACUUCAGAUAUAAGCUUUUAUUAAUUAAACUUGUUACCGUAUCACUGUCAGGUGAUUUUUAUAUGUAAUUGUUUUGUAUGGAUGUCAUACAUGGUCUCUUACUCUGAGGGAGGAACACAGAUUGCAGGUGUUUGAGGAGGAUAUUUGGGCCUAGGAGAGAAGACGAUGGGGCAUGGAGAAAGUUGCAUAAUAAUGAGAUUAGAAAUUUGUACUCCUCCCCCAGUAUUAUCAGGGUGAUUAAGUCAUGAGAUAGGUAGGGCAUGUGGCUCACAUGAAGCUGGAGUGGCAUUUAUAGUAGAUAAAGCAAUGAAAAUAAAUAUUAUGAACUUUGACCCAGUCAGUGUACUGUUCCUCAAAACUAAAUUUUUCAAUCUGUCCAUUAUCAAUGCCUAUGCUCCUAUAGAGGAUAAAGAGGAACUGAUUAAAGAUAGCUUUUAUCAACAGCUAGAAAAGGUCUAUGAUAACACCCUUUCUAAUGACAUAAAGAUGGUAUUGGGGGAUAUCAAUGCUUAGAUAGGUAAGGAGGAAUUAUACCAGGGCACAAUCGGACAGCACAGCUUACAUGAUGGUAGAUAGGAAUGAAAUUCAUAUCUACAUGUUCUUAUAAGAAAUGUGAAAGUCAUUUGACCAACACUUGCAUGACGAAAAUCUUCAGAACCAGAAAAAUACAAGAUAUUAAUUCAGCUGUCAUUUAUAGGGCAUAUUUGCUGCAAUUUACCUGUGUGAUGCACUCCCACAAUCUGGCUGCAAAAUUGUAAUAAUUUAUUUAUUUGCAAUGUCAGAAAUAAUUAUUAAAGUUGUACAGAUCUUUGUUAUUUGUCACAUGAUGUUGGUGUACAGCCAUGUGCUUCUGAUUAUUACAAGGUACAUGUGCGUGUUAGUAUCAUGAUGUUUCCCAUGCUUGCUCCAUAAAUGUGGAGCUAUUUAUAUAUCCAUUUUUUGCCCAUAAAUCUGCCUCUCUGGAUAAAGAUACACAAGCAGGUAGGCAGGAUUUGUCACUAUAGAAAGUUAUAUGGUACCUUACAAGAUAAUAAGAGGUUCUGUUCAAGAGUGAAAAGUGUACCCCAAUAUUAAAAAAUUGAUAGUUUUUUGUGUGAUUUUAUUCAAAUCUUUUGUUUUCUCUCUCUUAAAUAGGAUAUGAGCCAUUUUACAGCUAUUCCUCGAAUGCCUUCAAAAUGUAAUGAUUUACACAGUCAGAAGCUUUUGCUAAAUCACAGUAAAUUCCUCUA